AUGCAAUUGCUGUUGACCGCCGACGGGCAGUGUUGCUGUGUAUCAAGCACAGAUAUAAUGACGCCGGAACUUAACUCUUCUGCCGUGCAGUUGUGCUACGAGUACUGCUCCAGCAACGGCUACGACUUCAUGGGCCUGCAACAUGGACGCGAAUGCUACUGCGGGACCGAAGAGGACGAGAAACGGCACGUGCAGUACGGACUGGGCACUUGCGACCACCCUUGCAAAGGCGACGACAACCUUGUUUGCGGAGGGUUUUGGUCCUUCGAUCUCUACUACAUCGGAGAGACUGAGCCGGCAGCUGCCGGAGAUAAUGUCGACGACUCUUCCGAGAAGCAGGUCUUGCUCGACCUUCACAACGAGGCUAGGUGCGUGCACGGCGCGGAGCCCUUGGCAUGGGACGAAACCAUGGAGGAGACUGCCAGGGGUCACGCAGAGGAGCUCACCUCGCAGGAAAACUGUGGCUAUUUGUUCUGGAGCGACGUGACAGCGCACGGUUAUGGCGAAAACCUGUACCUGUGCUACGGCGCGGCUGACUGCAUGAUGUACGACGGAGUGCUGGACACAAUGUACGACUAUGCAGUCGACGACGGUCCGGUAGUCGACUACGACAUUCGUGCUAGGCGCAUGCUGUGGGCGUCUACAACCAAACUCGGAUGUGCGAUCAGGUCGUGCGUCUACGAGUACAUCGACGUGGAAGUCUUGGUCUGCAACUACGACCCGAUUGGCGACUACGGGGACCCUGCCGCCAUCGAGGAAGAGAUUGGACUCCCCGAACAAUCGGAGGAGGAAUGCCAGCAGGUCGCCCCGCCGGACACGCCUUCGCCCAGGACCACCCCUGCCCCUGCCACCACCACCCCGCCGCCCUCGACUGGGGAAGAGCCUUUCACGACAACAGCUCAACCGCUCCCUGUCACCCUCCCUCCAUCCUUCCCCACCUCCCCUCCCGUCUCCGAGACUGACCCGCCUUCACCUGAACCGGAACCAUCGACCCGUGCUCCUGUAACGCCCGAAUCCACUCUGGCCCCUAUUGAGCCCGAGCCUUCCCCGGCCCCUGUUGAGCCCGAGUCGGAGCCCACUCCAGCCCCUGUUUCGCCCGAGCCCGAGCCCGAGCCCGAGCCCGAGCCUUCGCCGGUCCCGGAGACAGACGAAAGCCCUGGCGUUGGUGCAUGCGACCCGAACCCUUGCAUGAACGGAGGGUCGUGCGAGGUGGACCCCAAUGGUGGGUACACCUGCAGCUGCGGGAGCAGCUACGGAGGGAUGAUGUGCGAGACCGACGUUACAGGCAUGUCUGAGUUCUUCAUCACGGUGGACUUCCUCGGAUCGUGGACUGACGAACGCAAGGGCGUCUUCCAAAGCGCAGCUAACAGGUGGUCGGAGGUCUUGACGCACAUCCCGUGCUCCGGAACCAACGGCAACGGGGGUGCCGCGGGCGAGCUCACCAUCACCUCCACUCUUGAAACUAUCGACGGUGUCUACGGAACCCUGGGCUUCGCCGGGCCUCGCGGCACCUACAGUGACUGCCGUGGCAUCAGCUACUCGGGAGAGAUCCUGUUAACCGUUUACAUGCUCUCGGUAUCCACCGUCAGGACCUUUGACAUCGACGACAUCGCUGAGAUGGAGAGGCAGGGAACCUUCGAAGGUGUCAUCCUCCACGAGAUGGGCCACGUCAUCGGCACUGGUACCCUGUGGGGUGAGUGUUCCGAUUGUGACAGCACCGGCAGCGCGGAAUGGAAGUGCCCCCUGGCUGCCCAGGUGUACAACGACUUCAUGGGAAACCCUGCUGGUUCCCGGGCCGACAUCAUUGAGCUCGAAGGCGGAGCCGGUGAGCUUAAUGAAAGACUGCAUGCGGGGCAAAGAAACAGUACAAGCAACUCUGCUAUUGUGCACCGCCAUUUGCCUAGGAUCUGUUGGUCAAAGGUGGUUGAAAAAGCCUAUCACGAAUAUUCUGUCGAUCAUGGGCCCGUCAUCCAUCUGGACCUUGUAUUCCGCUCAAAAGGCUACAUGAUGAAGCUAGCCGCUGGUGUUUUCGCGCUCGAGUGUACAAGCUGCGGACACUUCAGCGAAUCCACGUUUGAAGAUGAACUCAUGACUGGCUUCGUCAAUGCGGGUACGAUGCCGCUUUCGAAGCUAACGUGCGCUUCUCUGGCUGAUCAAGGCUACGUCGUCCAAUCGUCGAAGGCGGACUCGUACACCGUUCCGUCCCGUCGGGACCCCUCUGCCCGCCAAGGGGAGACCAAGACAUACAAGCUCGCGGAGAGCACCGACGACACGACUAUUGACGUUUGCAACGAGGAGGGCGAGAUCGUCGACACCAUUCAAGGGAAGCGGAUCCGCUUCUGAUCCGACCGACUGCUAGCAAGAGGAACACCGCUGCGCCCCAAGAUGUGGUGCGAUUUCGCUACUACUUUCAAGGCGCUGCUGCAGUUCACGAGCGUGCAGAGAACAUGAACAUGAUGCGUCAUUUGCCGUGUUCAGGAUUGUUAAGAAUAUAUAGCUACAAACUAGCGUGGGCUUGCUCCACCGCAAAAACACGUAUCAUCGCUUGUUUCCCAUUUCGCUUUAGUAGUUUUUGUUGUUAGCUUCGGCACACUUGGACACAUGCAAUUUUUUAGCCCAACACUUGGGAAUGUACCAUGCGGUUUACUGUUGCAGAGGUGUCGAGCCGUUUUCGCCUCCGUCGGUUGCUGGUCGUUUCUGCGGACCCGAAAGAUCAGCUACUCGUCGAUGGCUUUUCUACCUUUUGCUGUGGAAGUCUCGCCCAAUGCCCUUUCUGUUGCUGUUUAGCUACCCUGGAUAAACCCUCAGACGUGCAUACUUUUGAUGCGCGAACCAGUGCCGUCUCCAACUCGUAGAUGUUGCACCUUUGUCCAUCCUUUGUGUGAUGGACAGGUAUCGUGUGAAUGUGUUUGGCUUUUUACACGGGUUGCUGUAGCUCGGGAGGAAUAUAGCCGUUGUCCCAAUCCCGUACGUAAGCAAGGUGCCCAUCACCAUGUCGUUGUGUGUUAAAUGGCGCCGUGUUGUUUACGGUUUGGUCCCGGUGGAUGAACCGGCAGAAGAAGCGUGGUGCGUUUUCGAAAGCGCACUUUCACUCGUAAGGCGAAGGAGUAUACUCUUGGCGCACUUUCGUGGCUAUCACCUCCCGUUUGCUUUCGAAACGCACGCUGAUGAAUGUAUGAAAUGCUGCGAUAGAAUCGGGAAACAAGAGUGCAAAGGUCGUCAACUCACGUGUUAAUAGUGCGUGCGCCGUUGUUGCUGUUUUCAUUGAGUCGGGGAUCCUGACCGGGAAGAGUUGAAGUCCGUGCAGGACAUGUUGUUCGUUCUUAAGUCAACUCCGGAACAGUAGGGUUAGUACAGUCGUCGAUU